AUGGGCUCCAAAGAGGCAAGAUCAGAGAAGCCAGGACUUCUUCGUCUUCGAGGAGUCGCUCCAGGAAGGUUUUCCAGUGGUGCUCGAGGGAUACGAUCUCCACGGCGUGGGCGCUUAUGGGGUUUUGACGUGGGCAAGUAUGGCCUGAAUAUGAAAGGCGCUUGCUUCAUUCUGAACCUGGCGAUCCUCCAUGGGGGUACCUACGAGACCCUCAAGGAUGUGGACGGCAACUUUCAGUCCACGCUGCGACUCACUGACAGAGCUCGAGAAGCUGCCCGGUUGAGGAAUGGGGAGUACAAAGGAGAAGUGUGCCCCACCAAACCAGAGGCAGAGCACUCAGCAGCCCGUGGAUUUUGGGAUGAUCCUCUUGUAAAGGAGAUAGCCGCAAAGCUAGAGCCUUCAAAGAAAGCUCGGAAGAACAGAAAAAUGUGUGCAGAGGCCAAUGCAAAGCGCAAAGCGCUGUAUGGUUAUGGCCCUGGCGGAAAACGCAUCACCAGAGAAGAUAGAAAAGGCGUUGAAAAGGCGCUAUCAGGGCAUCAUGUGCCUUGUGUCGCUGGUGCAGGCUCCGGCUUCGCAAGACGAUUUUCGUUUGACGAUGGCGAUCACGGGACGGCGACGGCGAUGUUCGAGUUUGACUUUGAGCAACUGGAAGAGGAGGAGAGUCCCAGAGAGAAGUUCCAGCCCGGCGAGGUGCUCCGCUCUCGGAGUGCUGCAGUGAUGAGGGAGGAAGCGAGUUUGCAGAGUCAGGUGCUUGCCACGCUCCCAACUGGCGCCAGGGCGCAGGUCCUGCUGUGCUGCGGUCGGCGGCUGCUGGUGGCACUCGAUAGUCCCAGCACCACCGCGUCGCACAUGGAGGGAUGGGUGAGCAGUGAGGCCUUGGACGGCACAGUUCUGUGGGAACGGCUUGGAAAAGUGGACCAAAUGGACGCUAGACCUGCUGAUGUGGAGAUCAGGCCUUUUCGAGAGGCGGAUCGACCAUGGCUCAGGAUCAUUGAAGCCCACGCUUUCAGCAGCGGGGAGCAGUGCUUAGACGCUUAG